AUGACCGGACGAGGAAAAGGUAAAGCCCAGGGCACCAAGUCAAAGACUCGUUCUUCCAGGGCAGGUCUACAGUUUCCUGUUGGUCGCAUCCAUCGCCUUCUUCGUAAAGGCAACUACGCUGAACGCGUCGGAGCCGGUGCUCCCGUGUACUUGGCUGCCGUACUUGAGUAUCUGAGUGCUGAGAUCCUCGAGUUAGCAGGAAACGCAGCACGCGACAACAAGAAGUCAAGAAUCAUUCCUCGUCACCUCCAGUUGGCUGUGCGAAAUGACGAAGAAUUAAACAAACUCCUUGCCGGUGUCACCAUCGCUCAAGGCGGUGUUCUUCCCAACAUUCAGGCAGUAUUACUACCUAAAAAGACAGAGAAGAAACAACACUAAGCGACGGCAACAACCAUAAAUACAAACGGCUCUUUUAGGAGCCACCAAGUCUAGAAUAAAGUCAUGACCAAUCACGAUAUAAAUUUGUAAUCUACCCCCCAAAUAGUAUUCGCCGUCUAAGUUUGGGGUUAAUAACUCGAUCGAUACUUAGCCACAAAUAAUUAUGUCUCGCGGAAACUCGCUAUUUCUAUUUGUUUUUGCAUGGUUCCAUGUUGCUAGUUUUGUUCAUAAAUGCGUAUACCAAAGCAUAUUUAGCGCUAUUUCGGCUAUCGCAUGUAAGAAACAAACAACAGCAACCACAGCAUUGCUUGAAAACUGAAACCAGUCUUAGGUCAGUUUAGCUCGGUGUAACAUGAAUUUAAAGACUGAUGUGAUUAUAUCAUGAAAGUUGAAAUUGCGUUUGCUUUCUAUGCAGGUUUCAUUCGCGCUGUUUCCAACAGGUUUUUAUACGAACUUCGAGGUACAUACCAAGCGACAAUCGAACAACUUUCUGCUCUUUUAAACGAGUACACAAUUAAUCGCAUUCCUACCAACCGGGAACAAACAUUGCUGCUACUACUGAGCUUGAAAUGUUGUUUUCUUUGCCUAAAAAUUACAAGAGAUCGUCGUGAUUUCCUUCGGUACACAAGCUGUUUACGUAAAAUAAACUAACACAGUUAUAAACCGUCGUCGGUAACGACACAAACCAGCUUGCUCUCUUAAUUCUGCCACAACAACAACGUACAACAACAACAGUUUAUUCACUAACUAAUUAAAGACAAAAGCUUUACAGUAUUGUAUGCCCCGCAAAGAGCUAUGAGGUUAAUCUAGACGGGAAAAAAAAUAAUUUCCCUGUAUAAGUAACGACUGCGCUGCUGUAAAGUCACUAAAAAAAAAAAAAAACUGGCGUGGACGCACCCAGUAAAUAAAGCGCUGAAUCGAUUUCAGGUGUAUGUUGACUUGUUGAUAUGUAUAUAAACCUUCAGCAAUGAUCGUAAUGAAAACAAAUUCUCUUAUCACGUAUUGGUCAGAGCUUUUCAUACAUUUGUUGGCUCCUAAAAGAGCCGUUGGUUUAAGUGUUGAUCAGGGAUUACAGUGUAUUCUAACCCCCAAAACCGUACAGAGUACGUCCUUGUCGUUUCAGAGCGUAUACUACGUCCAUGGCUGUAACGGUCUUACGCUUGGCGUGCUCGGUGUAGGUCACGGCAUCGCGGAUAACGUUCUCAAGGAAAACUUUUUCAGAACACCGCGUGUCUCCUCGUAG